AUGAUGCAUAGUUUAUUGAUACUAACUCCUCGUGAACAAACAAAAAAAUGUUUUUUUUUUUGGAAUUUAAAAACAUUCCAAUUCGAAAUAAAAGCAAAUAUUUAUUUAAUUUGUAAAUUAUGUUUAAAAUGUAAGCUGUUUAAAAUUAAACAGAACUAGCUAGAGAUUUUAUUAUAAUAAUAUCACUUAUAUAUCAAAAUAUUUGUUCAUAAAAAAUUUUAUAUUUAAAAAAAUUUUUGGCUGGCAACAGGUGGGUAUUUGUGCAUAAAAUAGGGAUUUUUUCGCUCACAGAGGGGGGAGUAAGCAACGCUGGUGACACAUUAAUAGAAAAGCAUUAUCGAGAUUCUCUCCGUAACAUCGUUGACCAAUUUGUCGCAAUCAAAGAUCAAGUAAAUUUAGUAUCCCAAGUAAAUGACUACAUAUGCAUCAAAGUCCCUUUCAAUGAUUUGAUAUUUUUAGCAAUAACCAAAGAAGAAACACAAAUUGCAGUCAUAGUCGAAAUGAUUGAAAUUUUAGUUGACGUCAUCAAGGCAGGAAUCGGAAAAGUUGACUCUGACAGCAUUCGCGACCACUUCAGUGGUGUCUUAUUAUCAAUGGAAGAACUUAUCGAGUACGGCUGCCCUUUUACGACUCACCAGCACAUUUUGGCUCACUUUUUAAGAAAGCCUGGAUUUUUUGAGAGGUUUACUACUAUAAAGCCACAGGGAGACACAUAUUUAGAUGAAGCCAUAAAAAAUGAGCAGAUGAAUGAAAGUCCUUGGAGGCCUAGCCUCUUUCCAAUAAUUAUUUAUUUAAUUAAAAAAAAUUUAAAUUAUUUAUAUAUUUAUUAUAAAAAUAUAUAUAAACUUACGAUACACUUUAAAUGAAAUUUUAAUAGACGUUAUUGAGUAUGUGAAUAUGACUAUGGACAAACAUUGAAAUCCAGUGAGGUAUGAUAUUGUCGGACAUAUCCAAGUAAAUGCAAGCCUUACAGGCAUGCCUGAUUUAACUAUGUAUCUUCAUGCCCCGCAUCAAUUUUUGCAUUACACAUUCCAUCAAGCUGUAAUAUCACGACGCAAGAGGUUUGAAGAGGAAGAAAAAGUGCUGGUUUUUACCCCUCUGGAUACAAAAUUCAUUGUAUUUAAAUAUUGGCUUAAUGAUUUGUGCCCAUCUUUGCCGUUUAAGAUUACUCCAGCGAUUUCUUUUGAAGAAGAAACUAUGAAGCUUGAUAUUAGAGCUGAAAGUAAAAUGAUUUUAACAGAAAGACUUGUCAUUGAAGAAUUUAAAAUUUAUUUUGUUUUGCCAAAAGUAUGUGGAAAGCCGUCAAUUGCAGUAAAUACUGGGACUUUUGUAAUGGACGAAAACAAAGGGAUAUGGAGUGUUGGGAGAUUAAUGCUUGACAGAGUUUCUCAGCUCACUGGAAGAGUUCCAGUGCCUAAAGAAAUCGUCCCUAUUUUGCAGGAAACUGAAAUGAGCUUGGAAGUCAAUUUUAUGAUAGUAGGGUAUAAUCCAACAGGCACAAAAAUAGAAAAAGUGUUAGCAAGAGGGGAGUCUUAUGCACCCUAUAAAGGUGCAAGAUGUGUUUUUCAUUCAGGAAAAUUCGAGGUCAGGAUGAAUUAA